AUGCUUCGUGAGUUGGGCGCCAACAUGCAAGACCUUGGCGCCAAAUUAGAUCGCGUGCUCGGCCAAAUCUCCACCAUCAACAACCGGCUGGACACCCAUGACCGGCGCAUUGCCCGCACGGAGAAGUUCCAGGUCGACGCAGAUCUCGACGACUGCUUCGAGGAGGAACCACCGCGGACCGAGUGCGGCGGGGGCAGUGGUUUUGGCGGCGGCGGUUAUGGUGGUGGCCCUGGUGGCGGUGGAUAUGGCGGGCACUACGGCGGCGGGUUUGCCGGCGGUGAUUUCCGUGGCCGCUUCGGUGGUUAUGGUGGUGGCCCUGGUGGCGGUGGAUAUGGCGGGCACUACGGCGGUGGGUUUGCCGGCGGUGAUUUCCGUGGCGGCUUCGGCGGCGGUGGAUUUGGCGGGUACCCCCGCGACUAG